AUGCCCUACUCGUUGGUCCCCUCCCUGCUUGGCGCCACGGCUGCCGGUGUGCUGCUGUAUGCAGUGCAUGAGGCAAUGCAGGACCAGACGCAGUUCAUGGUGUCGACCAUGCAGGCCAAGGCGGACGCCUUGGACCGCGCGCAUGAAUUUGACAAGAAGAGCGGCGAGCGUCUCGUGCCGCUGCAGCCUUCUGCGUACCGCCCUGCGCAGCCCUCGUUCUGGGAGGAAGUGCAGUCGCGGUGGAACCACCACGUUGUCGGCGCGGUGAACGCUGUGCGCGAGGCCGACCCCAUGUCGGUCUUUGGCAAGACGGAAACGCGCGUCGAGCGCGCGGCGGACGGCACGGCGUCGGCCAUGAUCGAUGCGCUGCACUCGCUUGCGCCGCAUGCGCCCGACGCACAGCCCAAGAUUGGCAUCCUGAACCGGACGUACGGCGAUGCCAACACGCACUACCUCGGCCAGGGCGCGUCGCUCCGUUAA